CGGAGAUGCAAUUUCAACCACCCGAUUUGCACUUGGCCAAAUAACACACGGGUUAAUAACGUAACAGUACGAACUACAUUAUCCUCCCUUUUGCGGACUCUGCCCUCACCAUCCCCACUGAAAACCCUAAUCAUUCGAAGGCACAAUGAGUCGCUCAAGCAGGACACUAUACGUGGGCAAUCUUCCUGGUGACACUCGUGAGCGGGAAGUAGAAGACCUCUUUUACAAGUAUGGACCGAUUGCCCACAUUGAUUUGAAAAUCCCACCAAGACCCCCUGGUUACGCAUUUGUUGAGUUUGAAGAGUCUCGUGAUGCUGAAGACGCUAUUCGUGGUCGCGAUGGCUAUGAUUUUGAUGGAAAUCGGCUGAGGGUUGAGCUUGCACAUGGAGGCCGUGGACAUUCGUCAUCCAUUGAUCAUUACAGUAGUCAUAGCAGUGGCCGUGGUAGCCGAGGUGGUGGAGUGUCCAGGCGCUCUGAAUAUCGCGUGUUAGUCACUGGAUUGCCUAGUUCUGCUUCAUGGCAAGACCUGAAGGAUCACAUGCGUCGAGCUGGGGAUGUAUGUUUCUCCCAAGUUUUCCGUGACGGAAGAGGCACAACAGGGAUUGUGGAUUACACAAACUAUGAUGACAUGAAAUAUGCAAUUAGGAAACUCGAUGAUUCUGAGUUCCGGAAUGCGUUUAGUAAAGGAUUUGUCCGUGUAAGGGAAUAUAAAUCAAGCCGAAGUCGGAGCCCGAACAAUUCUAGGAGCCCCAGUCGUAGUGGUUCUUACUCGAGAGGAAGGAGCUAUAGUCGCAGCAGGAGUAGGAGCAGGAGGUUGGAUCGUGUCGUUUUGGAAUUUUUGUUUCUUUCAGCAUGGAUAUUUUUUUUUGAUUGUUUAUUUCUAAUUGGUGGAUUGUCAUUCAGCAAGUCUCCGAAGGCUAAAUCUUCCCGGCGGUCACCUGUUAGAUCUCCUUCAAGAUCCGCUUCUCCUCGGUCUGGAUCAAAGCCGCGUUCACUGUCGAGAUCUCCAUCAAGAUCCAGAUCUCCCGUGCCGUCUCGCAAGAAACCUACCAGUAAAAGUCCGAAAAAGCACAGUUCUAGCCGCAGCCGCAGCAGGAGCAGGAGUAAGAGUGUAUCCAGGUAGUUGGGUUGCAGUUGAAUCUGUUUACUCCUAAUGCUGUGAACGAGGGAAUGGUUACCCGAUAAUUUGUGUUGGGUGGUUAACAGUGGAUUCACUAUUGCAAUCAAAUAAUUAAACUGGAGUUUGGAUGGAUUUUGAGUCCUGAUUGUGUGUUGUUAUUUUGGACUGACUUCUGAAAUGCUUUUGUGGAUCUAGAACUCAGUAUUUACCAAAUUUACCUCUUGUACUACUUGUAAGUUUUGAGCUUUGCCAUAUAUUGCAAAAGCCUUUGGGACUUUGGCUUAAUAGUGCUGCUUUUCCAAAGA